GUAGCCCGUUAGGUAAGCAGAAGCAGGUUUUUAGCUUGCGAGGAAGAGAUUACUGUCGUGACACAUAUCCACGAACAGAGAGCGAAUAACAGCAUUGUCUGACCUGGGUGUGAGUCAUGGGGAAGAGCUGUAAAGUGGUUGUGUGUGGCCAGGCUGCAGUUGGUAAAACAGCUGUAUUGGAACAACUACUGUAUGCCAAUCAUGUUGCAGGUUCAGAGCCCAUGGAGACCCUGGAGGAUAUCUAUAUUGGCUCCAUAGAAACUGACCGUGGCACACGAGAACAGGUGCGUUUCUACGACACCCGCGGACUCAGGGAUGGGAUGGAGUUUCCUCGACAUUACUACACUUUUGCAGAUGGCUUUGUACUUGUCUACAGCAUUGACAGUAAGGAGUCAUUUAAGCGGAUGGAGGUCCUCAAGAAGGACAUCGACCGCCACAGAGACAAGAAAGAGGUGACCAUUGUUGUACUGGGUAACAAGCUGGACAAGCAGGACGAGAGGAGAGUUGACUCUAACAUGGCCCAGAACUGGGCAAAGAAUGAGAAGGUGCGUUUGUGGGAGGUGUCGGUGGUUGACCGGCGCACACUGAUUGAACCCUUUGUCUACCUGGCCAGCAAAAUGACCCAGCCACAGAGCAAGUCCACUUUCCCUCUCAGCCGCAAUAAGAAUAAGGGCAGUGGGUCUACAGACAGCUGAAUGGCCAGACACUGAUUUUUAAGGGUGGAGGAUAAAGGGAGAAAUGAUGUGUUAAAGGGAAUUUAGUUUUGCUAAAAAAAACCAACUAUUUUGAUAUUAUGAAGGAUGGAGGUAGUAAGAGUUGAUUUGGAGAAUGUGGUGAAUUGAUGAUGAGAGAAAAGGCAGGAUGAUUGUAUUGAUAUUUAUAUACAGUGAGUACUGUUGGUAUUGGUAUAGCAUCAGAUAUGUUUGGUGAAAUAUUUACUUCUUUAAUUAUAACUGAGUGAAAAUGCUGAUCUUUUGCCAUAUCAGCUAAACAAUUUAAGAAUGCAAGGUGCUUUUAAUGUUAUUCCUAUUUUAUUAGAUCAGAUUAUGGUCAAACUAUUCAUCCACGUUCUUUUACAAAUACCGCUGUUCAUCAUCAGCAGUCUUGUUUGGACCUAUAAUGUUGUUCUUGAACUACUGACAAUCAACAUUUUGAUCUCAGUUUAUACUUAGAGUUUUAAGAUAUCAGACUCAUGGCGCUCACUGUAUGGAUAAAUUAGGACCUACUCACAUGUACACUGGCUACUAUUUUAUUUACACAGACUGAAUCAGGAAGAGCAGCAGACACUCGUGUUACCUAAUCAUUGCAUCACACAAAUGCUGAAUUUCACAUGUUGUAGAAGAUAUGAUGGGUGAAGGGAAUCUAUUGAUACGUAAUUGAUGAUGUACAGUUACUGUGCUGCUUGUUGAUCUGGAGGUUUGUUACACUAUAUAUGUUCUCUGCUGAGAUUCACUGUUGGAUGUUGUAGAAUGAAUGAUUGACAUUCCUUACACAUAUUGCCUUCUGUACAGGCUUUAGAAAUUUAAGUAUGAGAUGUUCAGAUGAAAGGCAGUUUCUGCAGGCUCAGGUGCUACUUUUUUCUGGUUGCAACGCAUGAAAGACAUAAAGCACUCUAUAAAGUGAAAUGUUGUAGCAAAACAACAAUGUCGUCAUAUAAUCAGUUACGGUUACUGCUGAAGUUGAAGCUGGUAUAUUAUUUUUUUUACUAAGCUGUAAAAAAAAUCCUGAAUUACUCAUUAGACCACCACUGAACUUUUUCAGGGUGCAACACAAGUCAAAAUAUGAGCAGCUUUUAAUGUUUGUUUAAUUGAAAUGGGGACAUUUGUUGAUAUUGUCUUGAAUAUCCAUGUGUUUGUGCCAGAGUCUCUCGUCACUAUGUAUCAUACAUGCAGCUGUUUUGAGAAUAUCAAGCUUUUAUGUAUUAAUAUCCAUAAAAUGUGUUCACUUGAUAUUUGUUUGCAUGUUUUGUAAACAAACUAACCAGAGUUUUUGAUUGUGCUUAAAUGAAUGAAUUAAAUACAGCAAAUCUUUUA